AUGGUUGCGAAACAGUUCUACUUGCUGGGCGAGGCUAUCACCUCUGCCCAAGGCGUUGAUAUCGAGUCCACAAUUGACUUUGAAGGACUUCGACUGCUGAUUGCAGGCCAAUUUGCCAUUGUCGAGCCCAAUGGCAUUGGAUUUCAAUCAGAAGAUGCCACACUGUCCACCCCCGCAGAGAUUCUCGCCCAAGAAGAGCCCAUCGCAAUCUCAAUAGAUGGAAAGGCGGUUCGGGAGAUCCCCGGCCCCAAGGGUCUGCCCUUUGUGGGCAACUUCUUCGAGGUGUACCCCGACCAUCUGGGCAACCACCAGCGUCUCUUCGAGCAGUACGGCCCUAUCAUUCAAACCACCAACAUGGGCCGGACGGUCUACCACACCAAUGACCCCGAGCUGUCAGCCAUCGUCUUUGCCGAGUCUGAUUUCUUCACAAAACGUAUCAUCGAGGGACACCCUCUACACCCCAUCAAGAACCAGGAAGCCGGUGUGUUCCUCGGUGAUACCGAUACCCCCGAGUGGCGCGCCGCACAUAAAUUCCUGCCUCCGGCCUUUGGUCCCAAGGCUGUGCGCCAUUAUGCGCCGACGAUGCAGGAGACCGUCGAGGAUUCAUUCAGUGUUUUUGACGAGUUAGAUGAGCGAGGCGAGGCAUGGAAUGUAUACCAGUACAUGCUGAAGCUCGGAUCGCAGGCUGUGGGUAAGCUGGUGCUGGGUAUGGACUUCAAGCAUUUCACUGCCGUUGAUGCGCCGCCGCACGAGCUCGUCUACCGCAUCGCCGAGUCCCUAGAGUUGAACAAGAAGGUGACGGCUCGUGGUGACUGGUAUGCCAAGCUUCCCUUUGGCGACCCCAAGCGUCUGCGAGAUGCUCGCUAUCGUAUUAUUGAGAUGGUCAACGAGUCCAUUGACAAUGCCUCUCGGGGUGGUAUCGAAGAUCUCCCUCUGCAAGAUGCCGCUUUGCAGGCCUCUAACAUGAUCGAUUACAUUAUCCGCGCCACCGAUAACAAGGGCGAGAAGCUACCCAAGACCAGUCUCAUGCAAGCACUGGUAGUAGCCACCGGUGCCGGGUUCACCACCACCAGCUCCUUGCUCUCGUGGCUGCUAUAUUCCAUAGUCAACUACCCCGGCAUGCAAGAGCGACUCCUCCAGGAGCUCGUCGACAAUGGCAUCACUGCCGAUACUCCUCUGACAGCCGACCUCACCGACCGCCUCACCUUCCUCGACAAAUUCAUCAAAGAGACUCAACGCCGACACAACCCCUCCUACCAACCCGCCCGCACCGCCAAGGUCUCCAUGAUCCUCCCUGGCGGCUACAAACUCCCGGAGGAUUCCAUCGUCAUCCCGGCCCUUCACCACGUCCACAACAACCCUGCCGUCUGGAGUAAUCCUGCACGCUUCGAUCCGGAUCGCUGGGAUACCCAAGAAGUCAAGGACCGUCAUAAAAAUGCAUACAUGCCCUUUGCCGCGGGGCCCCGAAUGUGCAUUGGCUUCAACUUCGCGUUGCAGGAAGUCAAGGUUUUCUUGCCGAAAUUGCUCUUCCGGUAUAAAUUCACCAAGGAGAAUGAUGGACCAGUUGACUAUGAUCCCAUGUUCCAGUUGAUCCGGCCAACCAACUUUUACGUGCGGGCCGAGAGACGCGUGAAGUGGCCACCCAGGAGCGAACAGUCAUAG